CAGGCCACUACGCAUAUUAAAGCAUUUAUCUUUGGUAGUUAGGACUUUUAGAUAUGGCAUUAGGUUGAUAUAUUUCUUGGUGGAAAUUGCAAAUAUAUGCUAAAAUUCUUGUAAGAGUAUUCAUCCAGCUGAAAUAAUAAUGCUGUUAUGCAAUUUUCAGUUCAAGAUUCAUUACUAUACUUUCUUGAUCAUUUUUCACUACUCUAUCAUAAUCUCAUGUGGUGCUCAGCUUUCCUUUAACUACUCUACGUUUAGUCCAAACACGAAGGGGAUAAACUAUGAUGGUAAUGCCACAGCCUCUAAUCCUGGAAUCCAGUUAACCCUCAACCAGAAUGACAGAGGUUUGAAUCAGAGUUCUGGCCUUGCCACAUAUUUUGAGGCAAUGCAUCUGUGGGACAACAAAUCCGGGAGCAUCGCAGAUUUCUCUUCCAAUUUUUCAUUCAAAAUUGACUCACGAGGUCUCAGUAAUUAUUCGGAUGGGAUGACUUUUUUCCUUGCACCAGUUGGUUUCACCAUGCCCAGGAAGCAGCAAGGUGCUGGCCUCGGCCUUGUAUAUGUUGACCAGAAUUUCAACUCGUCACUUAUUCAGUUUGUAGCAGUGGAGUUCGACACUCAUGCAAAUCUCGACUACCCUGUAGACCCUCCUUAUGAUCAUGUAGGUAUAGACAUUAGCUCAAUGACAUCUGUAAAAACUAUGAGAUGGAGAAAUCGUAUUCCAGAUGGAUUUAUGAAUGAAGCUUGGAUCAGUUAUAGUUCUUCUGCCAAGAACUUGACUGUUUCCUUCACAUCUUUCGUCGAUAGUGAGCCUUCCAUAGAGAGUCUUUGGUAUGAAGUUGAUCUGAGCAAGUGUUUACCUGAAAGAGUUGUUUUUGGCUUUUCAGCUGCAACAGGACGUCUUUAUUCGGAAAUACAUACAAUUCAUUCUUGGAAUUUUAGCUCAAACAUACAGAUCAAUGAGGACAAUACAACGCCUCCAGAAACGGCUCCUAAGGUAACUAUAAGCUUAAGGCCAAAAAAGAAAAACAGCGAAAAAGUAGUAGUGGGGCUUGUUGCAGGUGCCUCAGCCUGCAUAUUGGUCUUAGCGGUGGCUUUUCUUUGGUUCAAGUCAAAAAAGAAGAAAAAAGCAGUUAACAAUGAAGAAAAGGAUGUUUCCAUGGUUCCUUAUGAAUUUGAAAAUGAGACUGGACCAAAGAAGUAUUCAUACGAGACGCUGUCUACAUCGACAAAGAACUUUGCAGAAGCAGAAAAGAUUGGACAAGGGGGUUUUGGAGGGGUUUAUAAGGGUUUCUUGAGUCAACUAAACUCCUAUGUUGCUGUGAAACGGAUAUCAAAGGGAUCUAAACAGGGAAUAAAGGAGUAUGCAUCUGAAGUAAAGAUUAUUAGUCGAGUAAGACACAGGAAUCUAGUGCAGCUGAUCGGUUGGUGUCAUGAAGAAAAGGAACUUCUACUUGUUUACGAGUUUAUGCCUAAUGGUAGCUUAGAUUCCCAUCUUUUCAGGGACAACGUGUUCUUGACAUGGAUGAUGAGGUAUAAUAUUGCUCGUGGAUUGGCAUCAGCAUUGCUCUAUUUACAUGAGGAAUGGGAACAAUGUGUUCUCCAUAGGGAUAUCAAAUCAAGUAAUGUUAUGUUGGACUCAGAUUUCAAUGCAAAGCUUGGAGAUUUCGGCUUAGCCAGACUUGUAGAUCAUGGAAAGGAAAUAGAAACAACGCUUAUAGCAGGGACAAUGGGCUACAUGGCACCAGAGUACGUCAUGACAGGCAGAGCCAGCAAGGAAACAGACGUUUACAGCUUCGGGAUUGUUGCCUUAGAAAUAGCUUCAGGGAGACAUCCUAUCAACUCUAAAGGUAAACAAGGCGAGGUUUUACUAGUUGAGUAUAUAUGGCUGCUUUAUGGGCAAGAAAAGAUUCUUGAAGCUGCUGAUCCAAAACUUUCUUCAGACUUCGAUGACAAAGAAUUGACACGCUUGUUGAUUGUCGGGCUAUGGUGUGCUCACCCUGAUCACAAGCUCCGACCUUCAAUAAGGCAAGCGAUUCAAGUGCUGAAUUUUGAAGUUCCACUUCCCCGACUUUCAUCCACGAUGCCAGCAUAAAAUUAUUCAACUACGACAAGUACAUAUUCGGAUUCUCAUACAGGGUCCACAAGUGCUUUUAGCAAUUAGAAAUCACCAAGUCAUACUUCAAGUUCCAAUUAUAAUGCAAAAACUCUACAAUGGAGCACUUUCAGUCUUGAACAUCUGCAAGAUCACCCUCCUCUGUAAAACAAAUUAUAUUUGUUGAACUUGAAAAUCACUUGGUUCUUUUA